UUUCUUUCUUUCUUUACUCCACACAGCUUCCACUGUUUAUCUUUCCUCUUUGAAGGAUCUUCACGCGACCACCCCUUCCCUUCCGAGGAAGGAGGGCGCACGAUAAGGUGGUGCUCUCCUCUCCGGCUCCCGCGGUUGGAUGUAAAACGACUUGAGAGAGAGAGAGAGAGAGAGAGAGAGAGGGAGGGGGUGGGGGAAGGAGAUGGGUCAGGGACUGAGUUGCAGAGCCAGUUACGAACAUGGCCUCUUCCGUGCUGUUCAGAUUGGGGACCUGGACACCGUUGUUGCUCUUUUGGAGAGAGACCCAACUCUAUUACAUCAGAACUCCGUCUAUGAUAAGCUCUCCGCUCUUCAUAUCGCUGCUGCUAAUGGUCGGAUCGAGGUUCUCUCCUUCCUUUUAGAUCGAUCUGUUCAUCCGGAUAUCUUUAAUCGUCAUAAGCAGACGCCACUUAUGCUGGCUGCAAUGCACGGCAAGAUCUCCUGCGUGCGGAAGCUCCUUCAAGCAGGGGCGAAUAUUUUGAUGUUUGAUUCUGUUCACGGAAGGACCUGUUUGCACUAUGCUGCUUAUUACGGACAUUCGGAUUGCCUCCAAGCCAUUCUUUCAGCUGCCCAUUCGAGCCCUGUUGCCGAAUCUUGGGGGUUCGCUCGUUUCGUGAAUGUUAGAGACGGCAGUGGAGCUACUCCGUUGCACUUAGCAGCCCGGCGAAGACGGGCUGAUUGCGUUCAUGUACUAUUAGAUAGUGGGGCUCUUGUCUCUGCAAUCUCCGGCGGAUAUGGCUGCCCUGGGAGCACUCCACUUCAUUUGGCAGCUCGAGGAGGUUCAUUGGAUUGUGUCCGUGAACUGCUGGCGUGGGGCACAGAUCGGCUUCAAAGAGACUCAGCUGGGAGAAUACCAUACACGGUUGCUCUGAAACACAAGCACAGCGCAUGUGCGGCCCUGCUGAACCCAGCGUCAGCAGAGCCUCUUGUGUGGCCGGCGCCAUUGAAAUUCAUCAGUGAGCUUAAUUCAGAGGCAAAGGUCCUGAUGGAGAGGGCUCUUAUGGAAGCAAACAGAGAGAGGGAAAAGACCAUCUUGAAGGGGAUGGCAUGCUCACUUCCAUCCCCUCCGCAUUCUGGUGGAGACGCCUAUAUUGACGACAAUAUCUCUGAGGGAAGCGACAACGAGAUGUGCUGCAUCUGUUUUGACCAAGUUUGCACAAUUGAGGUCAAAGACUGUGGUCACCAGAUGUGUGCUCAAUGCACUCUAGCUUUGUGCUGCCACAACAAGCCAAACCCCAAUACUGCAUGCUUGACUGCCCCUGUCUGCCCAUUUUGCCGCAGCAGCAUUGCCCAACUGGUGGUAGUCAAGGGAAAGACCGAGGAUGAAAUGGAUGGGGGCACCAAUUCCUCGAAGAUAAGGAGGUUAAGGAAGUCACAGACCUUUUGCGAGGGUAGUAGUAGCUUCAAGAGUUUGUCGGCCGUGGGUUCAUUUGGGAAGAUGGGUGGCCGCAGUUCAGGAAGGAUUGCUGCUGACAGUGGUGAUUGGGUUGACAAACCAUGACCCAAGAAGAUACUCUCUGUCUCUCUCUUUCUGUGGCUAUAUAUAUACACGUGGUACUCCAUUUGCUAUGUAGAUUUUGGGCAUUUGAAAGCAAAUUAAAUGAGGAUGGGAUCAAAAUAAGCAAGAAGAUUCUGCAAGUAUGCGCUAGUGGGGAUUGUAUUUGGAAAUCUUAAUUGUUGUAAUUUUGUUUACUUAAGAUUGAAGAAGCAGUGAUGCUUUCU